CUAACCCUGUUCAUGCGUACCAACGUACCAUCGCCGUACAGUAAUCUGCUUACUGAAGGAAUUCGACAAACAAAAACAGGAUAAGUAACAUUAAAACUAGCCUAAAUGCCAAACUUUGCUGAUCUGGCUUGAACUUGAACAAAGUACCGGUGAAUGAAUGCCUAGUUUCUAUUUAAGAGUUGCAGUGAUAUAGAAAGAUGACUUCAAGGGAACAGUACAGAGCAUUUUUAUGUUCAUUACUUUUUACAGUUGUGUACUCAGCAUCGAGCGCUGUUCGUUUGGUUGGUAAUUCUGACGUUAGUGGACGACUCGAGUACCUGUAUAGCGGUCAGUGGGGAACAGUCUGUGACGAUCACUUUGACAUGUUGGAUGCCACCGUUGUUUGUCGUGAGCUGAACCUAGGCAAUGCUGUGAAAGUACUUACUGGUGUUGGUGUAGCGUGGGAUAGUUCGCCGAUAUGGCUUGAUGAUGUCAGAUGCACUGGUGAAGAACAACGCCUUAUUGCUUGCCCAUCCACUAGUCCUCAUAAUUGUACACAUAGUGAAGAUGUCGGAGUAGAAUGCACUGGUGAUCUCAAUCCAGUUCGUUUAGUUUCCGUCUGGCUGUCUGCAAAUGAAGGAAAUGUCGAGGUUCAGCAUGACGGAGUAUGGGGUUCUAUUUGUGAUGACAGCUGGAGCGGAGAAAGCACUCGUGUGGUUUGCAAGCAACUUGGAUUUGAAGGGGGAAGUAAUUUUUUUGGACAAGAUUAUACAGAUUCCACAGCUAUUAUUCUUGAUGAUGUUGAUUGUGUUGGCACAGAGCAAAGCAUUGGGCAGUGCCCACAUCGUAAUUGGGGUGAACAUGAUUGCAAUAACAAUGAGAAGGUUUGGGUCAGCUGUUAUACUUAUGAUAGUCUUCUUUAUGGUUCUGUGCGUCUUGUUGGUGGUAUUAAAACCAGCAGAGGGAUCCUAGAAGUCAACAUAGAUGGUCGAUGGGGAACAGUGUGUGGUGAGAGCUGGGGCAAAGAUGAAGCACAAGUUGUAUGUCGCCAACUCGGUUAUAAAGGUGUUGAAGAAUACAGACAAAGUCGUUAUUUAUACCAAAUUGGAAACACUGAAUCGCACCCCAUCAACAUACAGACUGUGGACUGCACUAAAGAACUGUCCAAAAUUACAUACUGUACUAUUAGCACUGAUUCAUGGGGAUCUUGUGGCCAGGACCAUACAUCAGAUGUUGCACUUAGCUGUAUUCCAUCAGAGGAUGAUCCAGUUGAUGGGGAAUUACGUCUUGUGGGGGGAACUGAUAGUGAAGGAAUCCUUGAAAUUUUUGUGGAUUACGAAUGGCGCACUAUUUGCGAUAAUUAUUGGUACCAAGAUGAAGGUGACGCGGCCUGCAAACAGCUUGGUUAUGACUAUGCAUCUGAUUAUUCUGCAUAUACCAAUGGUUUUGACACUUCGCAAGCGUCGCAACUGCAAAUAUAUGACUCUACUUUUGAUUGUUAUUUGGGAACAGAGACCAGCCUCUCAGAAUGUACACAAAGUUACUACGGAACAUGUGGCUAUGAUUUUGUUGCUCUUAAGUGCUCCUAUAAUUCCGGUGCCGGUGCAAUUCUUGGGGCAAUAGUUGUUAUAAUCAUUGUAAUAAUCAUAGUCGUUGUCUGUUGCUUUAGAAGAAGACGCAGAAUGAAUGGCACAUCGAGGACUACAACAACAUCCAUACCGUUUGCUGCCAACCAUCCAAUCCAGGUUCAUCCACCUGUUCAACAACCACUUAUACCGCAACCGGGUCAACCACAUCUAACCCAACCAGGGUAUCCAUACCAACAUGGUCAAGGGUAUCCACCCCAAACAGGUCAGGGGUAUCCAGCUCAACCAGGGUACCCACCCCAACCAGGUCAAGGGUACCCAUCCCAACCAGAUCAAGGGUACCCACCCCAAACAGGUCAAUGGUAUCCACUGCAAGGUCAAGGUUAUCCACCACAACCAGGUCAAGUUUAUCCACCACAACCAGGUCAAGAUUAUCCACCACAACCAGGUCAAGUUUAUCCACCACAAUCAGGUCAAGUUUAUCCACCACAACCAGGUCAAGUUUAUCCUAUUGAGCCCACAACAGCAUAUCCUUCCCAACCUAAUCCAGGGUAUCCACCCCAAACAGGUCAAGCAUAUCCACCCCAACCGGGUCAAGCAUAUCCACCACAACCUGACCAAGGAUAUCCUUCUCAUCCAGAACUAACAGUGGUUCAACAGGGUGCACCGUACCCUGUAGCAAAUGAUCCAGCAUACCCUGUCCAGCCAUCUGCCCCUCAGCCAGAGCCAGCAGAUUUACCGCCUAAGUAUGAUGUAGCUGUGCAAGGUCCAAAUGUAUAGGGGUUCAAUGGAUAACAACAACAACAACAAUAACAAUAACAAUGAUUUUUUUUGUCAUUACUAUCAGUGGUGGCUCCAGAAACGGAGGUGGGGAGGUGGCAGGGAAAUUAGACCGGCCUGCACCCCUCCAUUGUCUGAUGCCGUGUUGGACAAAAAAAAGUUAAUUUUGCCUAUCAGAAUAACGUUAUUUUGAUUGUCAGUCUCUAAUAUUGUGGUCUAAAAACUCUCCCAUGAACCCUACAGUACCAUACCUAAAUUUUAUUCCAAAACCCUGACCAAGGCACUUGUCGGCCCCUUGGUUUGGACCCCACUGUUGUAGAUGUCGGACCCCCUGUCGGCAAAUUGCUGGAACCACCACUGAUUACUAUCACGUACCGAAUGGCAUGCUACUCAAGCUGGGCAAACGGUCAGCAAAUCCACCAUGACGACACAACGCUCUCUGCUGAUUGUUGGUGGCAGUCUGAUCGGAUUCUUUGCGUCUCCGCGGAAUCGCAUUGUGUGCUUUUGACUAAUUGGUAUGGUUCCUGCCUCUUGCACGCCAGGGCCCGGGUUCAAUACCUGACUCUACAUCGAGUAUUGAAUUCGGGUCUUUUAUAAUAACAAAAACACUCAGCCCCUCGAGUAACCCUUUCAGGAGAGUUAGGCGAGUUAAAGACCAUGUAUGUAUCCGUUUGAUGUUGUAGAGUAAGUGGGGUAGUUGGCGCCGAGCUGUGGCAGCCGCGGGUCCGCUGGGACCCAGCCCAAAUUUCCCAGUGUGUAGGCAUACAUAUACGAGGACAAAUAAAGAAUUAUUAUUAUUAUUAAUAUUAUUAUUAUUAUGUAUACCGGUAUUCAACCAAGUAUUUAUCCCGCGAAGGUAUUCUAUAACCCAUUUUUAAUCAGUAUUUUUAAAUAAACAGUAGUGUAUACAGACUAAUGAAGAUUGUAUUCAUCUCAAUGUUAUUGUGUGCAGCAUAGACGAUGAAAUCUACAUCUGACAGUGACUAGAGUAUUUUUAAUAUACGGUAGUGUGCAAUGUACUCUACACUGAUUUUAACAUUCUUACCCUUUAGCGGUGUUAAUCAUGAAAAAUAACUAUAUAAUGUGAAAAACAGAUUAAGAAAUUUAUCCUGUUUUUGAAUUGUGUGGUAAACAUGUCUUAAAAUGAAGUCAGGGUAAUAAUUCAAGUUUUGGUAUUUAAGUUACAUUCAUAAUAAUUAUUUGCUAUUUUAUCAAAUUUUAACGAUAAGAAAUCAUUUUAUCUUCCAUUUUAUCACUAUUGUGAUAUUGGACAUGUUUUGUUUAUUUUUAAAUAUUCAAAGUAUGAAACCCUAACAUAUAUUACUGCAUGCUAUGUACAAUAUUUGCUACAGGGAUAAACUAGAAAGUGUACUGUACCGAAUGAUUAAACCCCCAGGCACUUACUGAUUAUUUAGGGUUUUUGAGAUGUGCUAUUCAAAUGGGAACUACAGUGUUGUGUUUUCCAUUAAUUAAUGAUAAUUUCAUUUAAGUCAAACAAUUUUUCAAUGCCAUUACUGAUUAUUUAGGGUUUUUGAGAUGUGCUAUUCAAAUGGGAACUACAGUGUUGUGUUUUUCAUUAAUUAAUGAUAAUUUCAUUUAAGUCAAACAAUUUUUCAAUGCCAUUACUGAUUAUUUAGGGUUUUUGAGAUGUGCUAUUCAAAUGGGAACUACAGUGUUUUGUUUUCCAUUAAUUAAUGAUAAUUUCAUUUAAGUCAAACAAUUUUUCAAUGCCAUUUUAGAAUCAGCUUAGGCAAGUUCAACUGUAAUAUUCAAAUAGGAGGUGUAACAUUUUUUAGUGUGAAUCCUAUAAAAUUUGUUCCCAGAAAGCAACGCCAUAAUUAUGACAUACGUAAUGCAUAUGCUUGUUUUUGCCCUUGUUCUUUUUGGUAAGUUAAGUUCGACAUUUCAUAAAGGGUUUUGAUGUUGAACCUAAUGACUUGCUUGAUUCUUUUAAAUGGGAAAUUGAAUUUGCUAUAGCUUGAAAAUUUUUUAGAGGUUUUUUUUUUUAAAUAAUUUUAUUCAUUUGUGUAUAUGUGUCAUGGACGCGAUAUUAAUAAAACUGUCUUUAUUAUAAGUGACAAUACCUUUUAGAAAACAUUUUAUAUAAAUAUGUAUGUCAUCAAAGUCUCAUUAUUAGGCAUAGGGAGUGGAGUUGUUUUUGGUCGAAAAGGAAAUUAAAGACAACAAGCAUCAGUGGCAGAUUCAAGGGGCAGGGGAAAGCCAGUCUGGGUCCCCCUAAUUUUUCAAAAUUGUAAAAAAAUGGAAAAAAAGAAAAAUGAGUGCCAUUUUUGGCCAUCAAGAGGUGCCAUGAUCAUAAAUUUUCUUAACUCAUCCUCAACCAUGGUGGGGCUGAGGUGGUCUAGUCUCCCCAUCUGUGAAAAUUCCACACUGGGCCCCCCUCCAUUUCGAAGAUACAGCUCCACUCCAGAUUUUAGAAGAGUACUGGUAUAUAUCUUUAAUACAUUUACUGUGAACAAGCGAUGUAAUGGACACUUCCACUAAGCUCCGCCCAUGGAUAUUGUUCUUAAGGUCCCACAAAAUGAUGGCAUUGACUCAUAUGCAAAUGCAUGCGUUUGUGGCGCGUUUGCAGGACAACAUGUGUGCUCGUUAUUAGAUUUGUGGGUAUUCCUGGCCCUGUUCUAUAAUUUUGGUCAGUUGUUUUUAAAAGUUUCUUUAAGUGAAAUGUUAGUGUUUGUGAAUUUAUGAGUCGACAGUGAGAAAGAAAGCAAAGCUGCAAGUACUAGGGUUAGCGCAAUAAGUUAAUGAAUAUGUUACAAUUUUACAAAAUAGAAUGCUUCAGCUACUUAACUAAACAGUAACAUACUACAGUAAUAUCAUUAAUUUCAAUAGAUAUUUAUUGUUUGGUAUCAGAUUUCAGUUAUCAUGUGAACGAUUUUUGUUUUUGUAUUUAAAGUAUGAUAUAAUAAUUACUAAUUUUAGAAUUAUUGUAUUGCUUAAUUUAUUAUAGUGUCAGGAAUACUGGAGGAAUAUAAUAUGCUGAUGUCUUCCUUCUGUAGAAGUGACAAAUAUGGCACUCAGGACUAACUUUGGUCAUAUUUUUUUCAUCAGUGACAAAAAAAUAUCACUAAAGAUAGUCCUGUGUGUUAUAUUUGUGGUUUUUUAUGCCUUGAAUAAAAUUGAAUGAAUGUGUUUAUAUCUUUAUAAACAUGACAUAAUUCAAGGUUACAUGUCCUAUUGCAUCAACGAUGUAUAUUGCUAUUUUAGCUUUAGUCAUUUAUCAUAGAAAACAAAUCCUGUACAGUAGCAGUACAGUCUAGGGGUCUUGAAAUGGGGGCACAAAGGUGAAGUGGGAGCUCGAUAAAGGUGGUAGUAAUUUUUAACUACUUGAGCAUGUGGGACUGGGGGACUAGGGGAGGAGGAUUGGUUUGGUUUUUUGGGGGGAGUGCCCCUAGAUACACCACUGUAAAGAAGUAACAUUAGAGGUUCUUCAUAACUAAUCAAUAAUAGAUGGUUUUUAUGAGAAAAAUAUAUUAUUGUCUCAGUUAAUAAUGAAAUAUAAAUAUUAGUUAAUAGUAAGCUCUAUAAAAAAAAGCAAUACUGAAGGAAGAAAAAUUGUGCGCUUAUACAUGUUCAUCCAACUAUUUUAUUUGCGUCCUAUUUUGCUUUCCCAAAAUAUGGUAUUAUUGCUUGUUUGAAAGUGUAAUAAAUAUUGGUGUAACAUUCAAA